AAUUGUUUUUCAACUAACGCUAAAGCAAGCUGAAGCGCACCAACGUUAUUUGGUUGUUAAUAUUGUUUUAUUUUUUUGUAAAGGCGGUGAAAAUGGAGCAGGUAAGAAGACUUGUCUUUAAGAACUUAUUGGCGUUUUCCUAGCUGACGUUAGCAAACCUUUUUGUUGACCUCAACGACUCACAGUAAUUCUGGACGAUUAUUUCGGACACUCAACCCAUGGCUGUUUUUCAGGCAGUGUGGCCUUCCUUUCCCAUCAUGUUACCCUACGAGGUAACCCAUAGGCCGUCACACGUGGCUCGUGAGUAUGCGGGCGUGGUGGCGCCGUUACACCUGAUACCCUGUUAUUACAAUUCGGCUAUUGAAAAACCAAGUCCAAAAGAGAACAAGAAAUUCUUGCUGGACAGGUCUAUAUUUGAUUUGGUGGAAGAUCAUAAAUACCUUUCCUUAACUGACCAAAGGUUGCUGGGUUGGUAUCUGUCUUUGGUGCCAGAGUACAGAAAGAUCAUACAAGAUGAAGGAGGGUUUCACCAGUUCCUGCAUCGACAUCCUGCCCUAGAACUGACUCGGCAUCAUGUUUAUGUGAAGCACACUUCCUUUGGUCAUAGAAACUCGGAGAUGCUUCCCAAAAAUGUAAGGGAGACCUGGACCAUGCUUGGCCGCAGAAAUGGUGGGGAAAAUCACCCACAUGAGGAAAUCCGCCGCACGCCGCUUGUUCACCAGCAAGACUGCGUCCAAACAGCAUUCAGCAACCCCACCAUGCCGGAACCAAACCACCGGAAGGCCCACGCAAUGAUUUCUGACCCUUCAUGGCGGAUGUCAAGCAGCGCAGCAGGUGUUGCAAACUGCUCUCUGGACGUGGAUCUGGAAAGACGCAGACAGGAUGGCAUGCUCAGCAGCCAGACUACAACGACUCAAGGCCAUAGUGCUAACUUCACACAUGGUGAAGUUAGUCCGUUACAGUCAGAAUGGACAAAGAUGGAGUCUCCUGAGUACUACAGCUUUGACAGUGUCCAAAUGGAUGAUACAGAGUACAGUGACAUGAGCAUUAUCCAGGCAGUUAAGUUGGAACAGGUCAGCCCUCUUCUGGACCCAGAUGAGGAAAAUGGCACAAAGAAAGGGGGUCAGGAUCAGGAGACUGGUAAUGAGUACAAUGUAGAUGAUGAUGAUGACGCUAUAUUAAGCUUUGGAAAUCAGAGUGACACCUUCCAUAGCAUCAUGGAGAAUGAUAAGAGCAUCCUUGCCUGUCUGACCAGUGAAGGUGGAAAAGCAUUAAAUAAUGGGGAUCAGUCAGGUCCACUCACCACCAAUACUAAAGCACUGGCAGCCAGAAGGGAGACCUUGGAUUCUGACCAGUCUGUCAUGAAGAACACUGCAGAAAAGCACACCUCCACUAUUCCCUGCGCUACUACUUGUGAUAUUAUGGUUAGCACUGAGCUGACGAUGUGCUUGUCGGAUGCCACCCAAACUGAGAAUUCAAAAACGGCUGACAAGCAUGUCAAUACUGAGGUCCACAUGACCGAUCUGGACUAUCUCGCUGAGGAAUUCUUAAAACUCAAGAUGGAUCAAGAUGUACUGAGAAAGCAAAAAGAAAAAAGGAAAAGUAAAGUAAGAAAGGAGUGUGACUGUAUCCAGCGUGCUCAGCAGGCAGAGAUGUCCCUUCUGGCCCUGCAGUAUAGCAUGUGCAGACAGCACUGCUGGAGACUCUACUAUACAUCUUCUGAGGGAGGACAGGCCACACCAGUGCCGAACAACCCUCCUGUAGACAUUGUAAGUGUUCUGCAAAAACUGGAAUCUGACUAUAAUCAGAUGAAAGAUAAGAUUUUGACAGGGGUUCCUCUGGAGCAACUCAAGCCUUUGUCUGUUGAUUCUGAGAAGAUAACCACAGGUGCAAGUUACAUCCCUGCACAGAUCAUUGAUGAUGUGCUGGGAAUUGUUCCAUCUUGGGGCUCCCAGGAGCCACAGAAACAUGAUACAUCUGUUGAAGAAAUUGGGUGUCCUGAUGAUCAAAGCCCAAAUGGCUGCCAGCCUAGUCAAAGAAAGGAAAAACGGAUCAAGGACAUCAAAGCAGUGAGAGCUGUCACCCUUGUUGCCCAGGAUAGAAGUGCUAUCCAUAAUGCACACAAGCUAGCAGAACGGCAGACAACUGAGUGCAAGGAGCUUAACACAUCCGAGGCAUGGUACGAUGCCGAAGAAGAUGUGAACCCUGCAGUAGCUACUCAGACAGGACAGGACACUACACUUAUUGCACAAGAAAAGACCAAUGAAUCAACAAGCACGGAGGUCAAAAGCUCAGUAAUCUGUGUUUCCAACCUACCCAGUAAUGUGACAGAGAGUACGGUGAUGAAGUGGUUUGAGAAAUACCAUGUUUCAGAAGUCAGCUUUCCCACUUUAAAGAAUGAUGUCAGAGUUGCCAUAGUUGUGAUAAAUGGACUCCAAUCUGCCAAGGAUGCAGUGAGAGAGCUGCAUGGCUGCUGCAUGCAAGGCCAUACUUUACAUGUGGAGCACACCCACAAAACCAUUGGUGAGAGCCAGGCCUCAGCCUCCAUCAGUGGAUCUGAGUUUUCACACGAUGCUGACAAACUACAAACCUCCAAGACUGACUCCAGCAGCACUGAAACAAAGCUGAUAGGCCAGCUUCUGCUUAGCUCCAGCGUCAAGCACAGAAAGGUGGUCUCAAUUUCCCCCACAGCCAAGGGAACCUGCGUGCCCCAACACUAUGGCACCAUGGGAAGCUUCGAUAUCCUGAUGUCAGAGCUGACACAGCGCCACCCAGACGUGGAAAGGCAGAGGAUUGUGGAUGCGCUGAUGGAGCUGAAGGCCAAGCACCAGGGCGUCCUCAGCGGCCUGCCCCUCAGGACCAUCCGGGAGAUGACGUCCCAGCUUCUGACCACGCCACCAAGCGACACAGUCAUAAGGAAGCAAAGCUCAGUUCUUUAAAAUCAUUUUUUCUUACCAGGGAUUUGUUUGAAUAGCAUUAUAAGUGACAUAUUUCAAAGGAGAAGGCAGUUAUAU